AUGCUUGCGAAUAAGUCGUUUAGGAAAAAUAAGAAUCGCAAGUCUGUCGGGCCCAAAAAUGUCAAUUUCCAAGAAGGGAGUGGUAAUGAAAGUCCUGAUCUCUUGGACGGGCCCAGUCAAGUGCAACAGGUAUCAGGCAAGCAGUUAAAGCAAACUGCAAGGGAGUUGCUGAAAGUGAGAAAGACUUUACCAGUUUAUCGCCAUAAGGAAGCAAUCCUUGGAUAUUUGAAAGAGAAUUCGGUGACAAUUUUGAUCGGUGAAACGGGUUCUGGUAAAUCUACACAGAUUCCUCAAUUCAUUCUUGAAGGUCUCGAGAAAAACGACAAGGGCCGCAUCGCAGUCACGCAGCCGCGGAGAGUGGCGGCAAUCAACCUGGCUACACGUGUGUCACAGGAAAGUGGGUGUCGCGUGGGUGACAGAGUAGGUUACUCUGUGAGAUUUGAUAAUACGACCAAUUCGAGAACAAGACUCAAGUAUUUGACAGAUGGUAUGUUGUUAAGAGAACUGAUGUUGGACAAGAAAUUGCGAGAGUACACGCAUGUGAUUAUUGAUGAGGCACAUGAACGGACCAUAUUGACGGAUCUCAUUCUGGGGUUCUUGAAAGAACUUAUAAACGGGGAACGGCCAGACCUAAAGAUUAUAGUGAUGUCUGCGACGCUUCAGGCGGAGAAAUUCAGCGAAUUUUUCGCAGGAGCACCCAUUCUUUUCGUGGAAGGUCGUAAGUUUGCAGUGGAUCGGCUGUACCUCACAGAACCAUGCGAAGACGUUGUGGACGGUAUCAUCAGGAGUUGUGUACAGAUCAACCAAGGCGAGCAGAUGGGCGACAUUCUGUGUUUUUUGCCCGGCCAAGAAGAGAUUGACAAAGCGGUGACGAUUUUAAACAAUGUUAGCGAGCAUUUGGACCCCAAGGUGCCAAGACUGGUAUCACUGCCGUUGUACGCAGCGUUACCGCCCGCAGAGCAGGCCAAAGUUUUCGCACCACUGAAGGGCUUCCGGCGCAAAGUGGUGUUGUCGACGAACUUGGCGGAGACGUCGGUGACAAUCCCCGGGGUGAAAUACGUGGUGGACUCUGGACUUCGCAAAGUGAAGGUUUGGCGGCACCAGUUGGGGCUUGCAACAUUGUUGACCGUGCCAAUUUCCAAAGCGAGUGCCGCGCAGCGGACCGGUCGUGCCGGUAGAGAAAGCGAGGGGAAAUGCUACAGACUGUACCGGGAGCAAGACUACCAGAAACUACCCACGCAGACGGAGCCCGAAAUCGCACGGAGCGAGGUGACGUCGCCAGUGUUGAUGUUGAAAAAAAUCGGCGUGCAGGACAUUAUCAAUUGGUCGUGGCUGGAAAACCCGGGCAAACAGGCGAUCAUGCUGGCGUUGCAGGAGCUGUACCAAUUGGGCGCGCUGAACGACCGCGGGAAGAUCACACACAAGGGUGAGCAGAUGGCACUGCUGCCGAUCGCUCCGCAUCUGAGCUGCGUGCUGCUGCGGGCGCACGAGACCGGGUGUCUGCUGCCGGUGAUCGACAUCGUGUCGUGCCUGAGCGUGGAGAACCUGCUGAUGAACCCGGCGCCCGAGCAACGCGACGAGGUCAACGAGCGCCGGCUGGCGGUCGCGACGCGUGGGUCGCGACACGGGGACCUGAUCAUGAUGAAAGAGUUUUACGACUUGUACGUAUCGCUGGGGUCGAACGCGGAGAGACUACAAUGGUGCAAAGAGCUGUGCGUGUCGCAGCGCGGGUUCCGCAACGUGGUGAAGGUGCGCGCGCAGCUGAUACACUACAUGGAACGGUUGUUCCACGAGCGCAUAGCGGGAGGGACGGCGCCCGCGACGGCGCCCGCGACGGGCGCCCAGUCACGUGACCCCGCCUCCUCUUCCGGUUUGCUGGACGUGGCCGCGGUGCUCAAGUGUUUUCUGGCCGGGUUCGUGAAGAACACGGCGCUCGGGAUGCCGGACCGGUCGUUCCGGACCACGACGACGGGCGAGCCGAUCUCCGUGCACCCGUCGUCGCUGCUGUUCAUGGACCGGAGUUGUCCCGCGAUCCUGUACACGGAGUACGUUUUCACGACGAAGGGCUACGCGCGGAACGUCAGCCGCGUGGAGCUGGCGUGGCUGCAGGAGGUGGCGACGGGGAAGCUGACGGCGAGGCGGGGGCGGGCGUGA